UCUCUCAACGGCUCUGGGCAAUCGUUGUCGUUGACACCCGGGACUGCCAAUGGCUGAUCAGAAUGAUUAUUCUCACGGACAAUCACCGCCGUGGUCGAGGCCCACCCCCACACCAAACAACGGGGAGCAGGGUACAUUUCAGCACCCGGGAGCUGUCCGUUGUGCUCGAGUCGACGGACACCUGACGGUGAGGAUGGCCAAGGUGAAGCAGGUGGGCCUGCUGGCAGCAGGGUGUCAGCCCUGGAACAAAGAUGUGUGCGCUGCAAGUGGAGACCGCUUCGCCUACUGUGCUACUUUGGCCAUAUACAUCUACCAGUUGGAUCAGCAGUACAAUGAAUAUAAGUUGAGAUCCAUCAUGUCAGAACACAAGAAGACUAUAACAGCUAUCAGCUGGUGCUCUGACAACCCUGACCUCUUUGCGUCAGCCUCUGCUGAUAACCUGCUCAUCGUGUGGAACGUUGCGGAACAAAAGGCCGUAGCAAGACUGGACAACACUAAAGGUGUCCCCACGUCGGUCAGUUGGUGCUGGAACUCAGCUGAUGGAGUGGCAUUUGUCUCUCAGCGCGGGCCAUUGUAUAUCUGGGUAUAUGCCGGUCGUGACUCUGGGCUCACAGUGCAUAAAGAAGCCCACUCCUUCCUGUCUGACAUCUGUCUCUUCAGGUGGCACCCGACCAAGAGGGGCAAACUGGUGUUUGGACACACAGAUGGAAGCAUGUCUAUUUUUCAGCCAGGGAGUAAAAGCCAAAAGCAUGUGCUGCGUCCAGAGUCAUUAGAGGGCACAGACGAAGAGGACCCAGUUAGCGCUCUGGAAUGGGACCUUUUGUCAACUGACUACUUACUAGUGUCAAACCUCCACAAUGGUAUUCGGCUGGUGGACAGUGAGGCAUUGAAUUGCAUCACGUCCUUCUGCUUCCCCUCAGCUGCUGCAUCAGUUCAGUGUCUGGCCUGGGUCCCCUCUGCACCAGGCAUGUUCAUCACCGGAGACUCUCAGGUUGGAGUACUGCGGGUGUGGAACGUGUCUCGCUCCACUCCUCUGGACAGCUUUAAACUGAAAAAGACCGGCUUUCAUGCUUUGCAUGUCCUCAACUCCCCUCUCAACAAGAAAGCUCCAAGUUUCAGUUCAAACAGUAAAAGUCAGCACACCAGUUCCACCAGCGAGGCAGUGCCUCCCCCGACCCUGUCACAGAACCGCUCCUUCUCCCUGCCUCCUGGCCACGCUGUGUGCUGCUUCAUGGAUGGAGGGGUGGGACUCUACGAUAUGGGUGCCAAAAAGUGGGACUUCCUACGAGACCUGGGUCAUGUAGAGACCAUCUUUGAUUGUAAAUUUAAGCCAGAUGAUCCCAACCUGCUGGCCACAGCUAGCUUUGAUGGAACGAUUAAAAUCUGGGACACAAACACACUAACAGCCGUGAACACCUCCCCUGGCAACGAAGGAGUGGUUUACUCACUGUCCUGGGCUCCAGGGGACCUGAACUGCAUUGCAGGGGCAACGUCUCGUAAUGGAGCGUUCAUCUGGGAUGUCAGGAAAGAAAAGAUCAUCACUCGCUUUAAUGAGCACGGUAAGAAUGGUAUAUUCUGUAUAUCAUGGAGCCAUAAGGAUUCUAAGAGGAUCGCUACCUGUAGUGGAGAUGGAUUCUGCAUCAUUCGGACCAUUGAUGGCAAAAUCCUCCAUAAGUACAAACAUCCUGCUGCUGUGUUUGGUUGUGACUGGAGCCAGAACAACAAGGACAUGAUAGCGACCGGCUGCGAAGAUAAAAAUGUUCGUGUGUACUACCUGGCCACCAGCUCUGAUCAGCCUCUAAAGGUCUUCACCGGGCACCUAGCCAAAGUAUUCCAUGUUCGCUGGUCUCCACUCAGAGAGGGGAUACUGUGUUCGGGUUCAGAUGAUGGCACUGUUCGUAUAUGGGACUACACACAGGACGCAUGUAUCAAUGUGCUGAUUGGUCACACAGCUCCAGUCAGAGGCUUGAUGUGGAACACAGAGGUCCCUUACCUCCUCAUUUCAGGUUCUUGGGAUUAUACGAUCAGAGUGUGGGACACAAGAGAUGGCACAUGUCUAGAUACAACCUAUGACCAUGGAGCUGAUGUCUAUGGUUUGACAUGUCACCAGAGUCGUCCGUUCACCAUGGCUAGCUGUAGCAGAGACAGCACAGUGAGGCUCUGGUCUCUCACACCCCUCAUCUCGUCAUUGCUGCUGAACAUCCUCACUGACCAGCCCUGGGAAAAGAUAAUAGGAAACACAGACACAGCUAUGGUUCCUGGCUCCCCUCCCCUGCUCUGUGGUAAAGUGUCUCGAGACAUCAAACAGGAGCUGGACAAACUGAGCUUAGACAUCAGGGCCAAGAGGCUACGCUGGUUCUUUGAAUGCUUUUCGCCUCCAGGGGGCAGCAGUAACCUGUGGGACUUGGUAUCAGUCAUUAACGGGCAGGAUGAUUCCCUGCUACCAGCCAGCUACAGCAAAGGAGUGAUGCACAUGAAGCACCUGCUCAAGUUUAAAACAUCAGAAGCCCAGGAGCUGACGAUAGUGAAGAUGUGUAAAUUUGGUGGAGGUAUUGGAGCUCCAAGUAAAGAGGAGAGGCUGAAAGAAGCAGCAGACAUCCAUCUGAGACUGGGUCAGAUUCAGCGAUACUGUGAAUUAAUGGUGGAGCUGGGGCAGUGGGAGAAAGCAUUAUCUGUGGCUCCAGGAGUUUCCAUGAAGUACUGGAAGAAACUCAUGCAGAGUCAAAGUGCGUGCUGCUGCGUUGAUUGUGAAAAACGUGUGUUCAGUAACGCAUGGGGCUGUCACAGUGAAUGCCGACGAACAGGAAGUGGACAAAAGCAGACUAAAACGAGAGUGGACCAGCUGAUGGCUGAGGAUAAUGAUGACGCUAUCCCAUAUUGCAUCGCCACAGGAGACACAAAAAAGCUUGUAACUUUCUUCACUGGCAGAGGACAACUGCUAGAGGCCUUACUAAUAGCACAGGGAGCAUGUGAAGGGAACAUCCGUGCACCUCAAAGCUCCCCAGUUAACCACACAACUAAUGAUGUGGAUAACGUACAGCAAUACCAGAGCCUCCUCCACAAGGUAUGUCAGGAACUAGCUGAAUGGUACUUCCAGGACGGAUGCUCUGUCCUGGCAGCAUGUUGUCACCUAGCUGUGGACAACAUCAAGUUAGCCAUGUGUAGUCUGAUCCGGGGUAAUGAGCUGGAGUUGGCUGCAUGCGUGGGUAUCGUCCUUGGAGAGGCAGCCAAUCAAAGCACUGAGUACUGCCUGGAACUCUUGGCCAGGAAAUACAUGACCACACCUACAUGGGAGCUCUCAGCUGACCUGCUGCAAAUGAUUCCUGACAAUUGCAUUUUACUGGCUAAGCUGUGUGCCUAUUACCCAGGAAGUGCUGCAGAAAUUAACCAAUUACAUGAAAGGUGCGGUCUCCCGUCGUUAGAGGAGUGUAAGGCCUUGGCAGAGGAAGCCGUUUGUGAAGGAGAUUUGUUUUCAGCAGUUCAAUUUCACCUGCUCAGCUCUGAACCUGAGAACGCACUUCGGAUAGGGAUAGAUCACAUCAAAGAACAGCUGAGUGGAUCUGAUUGGACGGUGGAUAGUGUUCAGCCAAUCCUUGACCUGAUGAGUUACAUCAGAACUGACCGCCUCGUCAUGGUCAAGCUGACAGAAGCCCGCAGUGAGCUGUUGAUCCUGUGUGGUUACAUUGGAGGUUUGCUCGCCAUCAGAAGACAGUACUCCAGCAUCGUCCCGGCACUUUACGAAUACACCAGUCAGCUGUUGAAGCGGAGGGAGGUGUGUGUUCCUCUGAAGAUCGAGCAGCUGUCUGUGGAGCUCGAUGCCUGGCGCGCCUCCACACAAACCAACAGCAAUCCUCCAUCAGAGUGUCAAAUAGAAGAGUUCAGCUGCCUGGUGAGGAGGAUCCAGCCAACAGACUCUGCUGCGUUAGUUCUCUGUGGAGCGGAUUAUGUGACAGGCUCCAAUCUGCCGAGCCACUCAGAUGUUCAAUUGUCCUGUUUCACCGGGCAGAGAAUACAGUUUUCUUCUUCUUUUAUCAAUGUGCAGGGUCCGUUGUUUUUGUUGGAAGAUGGUAAAUCAGCAAUCUCCCAUAAUGAUGCGCUAAUGUGGGCAAAAGUCAACCCCUUCUCCCCUCUGGGAACAGGAGUCCGCAUCAACCCCUUCUAAAACAGAGAGAGAGAUUACAGGGGAUUACAGGAGGGAGAAGAACAGCCGGAGGAUUAUGUGUAAAAGUGGAAAUGAACAUGUCAGAAAAUAACAUAUUUGUGCUUCAGCUAAGCGCCCAAUUGUAUUUUAGCAUUGACUGAGCCAACAUUGUGGUGACAUCAACAAACAACACAUUUAUGAGGAUGAUUCCAUUUACUGCAAGCACAUGGUUUUUGUAGAUUCUGGGACUCAUUAGCGUAGCUGUUAUGUGAUGAGAACCUAGCCAACAAAGUCAUCAUGCUUCGUUUAAGAGGGUAGGAUUCCUAUAAAAUUAGAUUUAUGGCUCAUUUUGGUUUAGCUCUUUCCUCAGCUUACAACUUCUCAAAGUAUAAGCGUAUGUAUACAGGGUAUAAAUCUGAGAUACUUUCUUUUGUUGUAAAAACCAAAUACUGGAAUAAAGCAACCCCUGCAUAUAUAGAUGUGAAUCUAAAAAGUCUGUUGCGUUGUGUUAAACUCAUUUUGAUACAAAAAUAAGAUGCACAUAGUAAAACAUUAAAUGUUACAGUACAGCAACAAACAACCAGAGCAGUAGAAAACAAGCAGAAUAUGCAAAGCACAUAAAAAAGAACUACAGAGACAGUGCUGAGCACCAAGAUGGCCUGGAGAUGAUAUUCUUUCCCGGUACAUAUGCAUAAGUUUCUCCUGCUUGGAGACAAUAGACAGACAUAAAAAAAAAAAAACAUGAAUUCAUGCAUGAAAUGUAUAAGAAUGAACACUAUCCCAUGCACGUCAGAGUGUAAGACUGUUUGUAUGAACAAAUACUGAUGGUCAAGUUCAAACCCAAAUCACACCCCUUCGGCCACAAUGACCCUGACGAAUAAGAUAUUGGAUGAAUGGACCAUAAACAAUAAACAAGCGCAGUGAGCUAGCCUAGUGAAAAGUAGUGGAGUACAACUUUUGGAAUUUCAUUUUAUGCUUAAUUUCAGAGGGAAAAAUUGUAC